AUGACGACUGCCUUUUGGGGAGAUAUCGCUUUAGAUGAAGAUGAUUUGAAGCUGUUUCAAAUAGACAGAACUGUUGACUUAACAAAGCACUCAGAUGGCAACGCAAGACACACUUCAGGAGGCCUUGGAGAACAGUCUGUUGCGCCAAGUGAGAAUGCCACUUCAACCGAUAGUAACAAAGCAGUUAAAAAGGACGGCAGGCAGAACACAACGCUUGUGAGGAGACCGAAGAAGGAGGAAUAUAAAGAUGAGUCAGGGAUGGAUACACAGCCCUCUCCCAGAGUGCGCAGAGCAACCACAUCCAGGGCUGAGAGGAUCUGGCCAGGGGGAGUCAUUCCCUACGUGAUUGGAGGAAAUUUUACUGGAACCCAAAGAGCUAUCUUUAAGCAAGCUAUGAGACACUGGGAGAAGCACACUUGUGUAACAUUUGUGGAGAGAACUGAUGAAGAGAGUUUCAUUGUGUUCACAUACAGAACAUGUGGAUGCUGCUCAUAUGUGGGUCGCCGAGGAGGGGGCCCUCAGGCCAUAUCCAUUGGAAAGAACUGUGACAAAUUUGGGAUUGUGGCUCAUGAGCUGGGUCAUGUGGUAGGUUUCUGGCAUGAGCACACACGGCCUGACAGAGACCAGCAUGUCACAAUCAUCAGGGAGAACAUACAGCAAGGUCAGGAGUACAACUUUUUAAAGAUGGAAGCUGGGGAAGUAAACUCGCUGGGAGAGACCUACGACUUUGACAGCAUCAUGCACUAUGCUAGGAACACAUUCUCCAGAGGGGUUUUCCUCGACACCAUCCUUCCCCGUCGUGAUGAUAAUGGGGUCCGGCCAACUAUUGGUCAGCGUAUUCGCCUGAGUCAGGGAGACAUUGCUCAGGCGAGGAAGUUAUACAAGUGCCCAGCUUGUGGAGAGACCUUGCAGGAUACAACAGGGAAUUUCUCAGCCCCUGGCUUUCCAAACGGCUACCCUUCCUAUUCCCACUGUGUCUGGAGAAUCUCGGUGACCCCAGGGGAGAAGAUUAUGUUGAACUUCACGUCAAUGGAUUUAUUUAAAAGUCGCCUUUGCUGGUAUGAUUAUGUGGAGGUGCGUGAUGGCUACUGGAGGAAAGCUCCAUUACUGGGUAGAUUUUGUGGUGACAAGAUCCCUGAACCAGUAAUCUCCACGGACAGCAGGCUGUGGAUCGAGUUCCGGAGCAGCAGUAACAUCCUGGGCAAAGGCUUCUUUGUGGUCUAUGAAGCUAUUUGUGGUGGAGAAAUUCACAAAGAUGCUGGCCAGAUCCAAUCUCCUAAUUACCCAGAUGACUACAGACCUUCCAAAGAGUGCAUCUGGAAGAUCACAGUUUCUGAGGGCUUUCACAUAGGAAUCACGUUCCAAGCCUUUGAGAUUGAAUGGCAUGACACAUGUUCCUAUGACUACCUGGAGAUCCGAGAUGGCCUCACUGAAUACAGCCCAUUGAUCGGUCAGUUCUGUGGCUAUGAGAAGCCAGGAGAUAUCAAGUCCAGCUCAAAUAAAGUAUGGAUGAAGUUUACAUCUGAUGCAACCAUCAAUAAAGCCGGCUUUGCAGCAAAUUUCUUCAAAGAGAUGGAUGAAUGUUCUCUGCCGGAUAAUGGUGGGUGUGAGCAGCACUGUGAGAACACAUUGGGCAGCUACAAGUGCACCUGUGAGCCCGGCUAUGAGUUGACAGCUGAUAAAAAGAGCUGUGAAGCUGCCUGUGGGGGCUUCAUCACCAAGCUCAACGGGACCAUUACUAGCCCCGGAUGGCCCAAGGAAUAUCCUACUAACAAAAACUGCGUCUGGCAAGUGGUAGCUCCAGCUCAGUACCGGAUCUCCCUGCAGUUUGAAAUGUUUGAUCUGGAAGGCAAUGAUGUGUGUAAAUACGACUAUGUUGAGGUUCGUAGCGGGCUGGCUUCUGACUCCAAGCUGCAUGGCAAAUUCUGUGGCUCAGAGAAGCCAGAAGUAAUCACAUCAUAUGGCAACAACAUGAGACUGGAAUUCAAAUCAGACAACACGGUAUCCAAGAAAGGAUUCAAAGUCCACUUCUUCUCUGACAAGGACGAAUGCUCCAAAGACAAUGGUGGUUGCCAGCAUGAAUGUAUCAACACUUUUGGAAGCUAUGUAUGCCAGUGCAGAAAUGGCUUUAUGCUGCAUGAAAAUGGCCACGAUUGUAAAGAAGCUGGUUGUGAGCAUAAGCUGAGCAGUGCAGAGGGAAUGAUGAGCAGUCCAAACUGGCCUGACAAGUACCCAAGCCGGAAGGAGUGCACCUGGAAUAUCUCUGCAACAUCUGGCCACCGAGUGAAAGUAACCUUCAAUGAGUUUGAGAUCGAACAGCACCAAGAAUGUGCCUAUGACCACUUGGAAAUGUAUGAUGGGCCCAACAGCAAGUCACCUAUCCUCGGUCGCUUCUGUGGCAGCAAGAAACCAGAUCCUGUGGUAGCGUCUACCAACAAGAUGUUCCUUAGGUUUUACUCUGAUGCUUCUGUGCAAAGAAAAGGUUUCCAGGCAAAACACAGCACAGUGUGUGGUGGGCUCUUAAAAGCUGAAGUACAAACUAAGGAGCUGUAUUCCCAUGCUCAGUUUGGGGACAACAACUAUCCAGGUCAAGCCAACUGUGACUGGGUGAUUGUAGCUGAAGAUGGUUAUGGGGUGGAGCUGAUAUUCCAGACAUUUGAGAUCGAGGAAGAAGCUGACUGUGGGUACGACUACAUGGAGAUCUACGAUGGUUAUGACAGCACUGCACCCCGCCUGGGACGCUUCUGUGGUUCAGGGCCUCUGGAAGAAAUCUACUCUGCAGGGGAUUCCAUCAUGAUUCGAUUUCACACAGAUGACACCAUUAACAAGAAAGGCUUUCAUGCCCAAUACAUAAGCACCAAAUUUCAGGAUGCACUGCAUAUGAGAAAGUAAUUUGACUGCUCCUUACAGACAUUCCCCAUCUGAAGACUGAGACAUUUAACUGUGAUCUUUGUCUUUUUUUUAAGCUUCUGUGCACCUGGCCUAAAGCAGUGUACAGCAUUUUCUGUAACUAAAACUAAAUCCAGUCACAAAGGUUUGCCUCUGAAAUCAUUAGCUUGACCCUCUCAUGUUGACAUACCUAGGACCAAAAAUUGUCUUCUAAUUAUACCUGUCAGGGCAUAAUCAUUGUGUUUUGCACAGCUUCCCAUGGGGUUGAGUGAAGACUGAGCUUCAGUUGAGAGAAGUCUUGGUCUCUUGAAUAUCCUCUCUCUAGGUGACAUUUCCUAAGCAUCCUGUACAUGAGCUGUCUGAAUGCAUUUUCUGGAGUGGAUGAUGUGGACAGCCACCCAGUAGGAUUUUCUCAAAGGACCUUGGGGACCACCCACUCUACCCUACAAAAUACUCUGUGCAAUAAGUGAACAACCAGAUGGCCGGGACUCCAAAUUCCAUGGCUCCUUCUAUCUCAUCUAUUUAUUGUCUUGGUUAUCGUGGCUUGAGAGGUAGGAAGGGGUACAAGGAGGGUCUCUUUAGGGCUGCUAGCGACUUGGACCACAAUGAACAAGAAGUGCCCAGUGCCUGAUCUGCAGUAAUUGUCGCAGUAUGUGUUGAAUGGAAGUGCUUCAAUGCAGUGGCCAAAGGAAAGGCUGUGGCUGACAGGGAAGUGCUUCGGUAGGAGGCAGGGCAUGAAUGUGUCAUGGUGGCAAAGCUUAGGAACUGGAAUGCUGGCAGUCUGCUCCCAUUACGCUGCCAGGCAAGGCAGCUCAGAGGGCUGUGGCAGCAGUCCAGGCCUUAUCUUAAAUAAGAAUUAUCUCCUCACUCCACCCAUGUUUGCUUUCUCAGUCUUCUUUAUGCUGCUUCCGUUCCACACUCCUGUUGUUCCUUAGUUCCACUUUUUUGUGAGCCCUUCCUUUUCAUAGCUGUCUGAGCUGCUCUUCCCAGAGCUCCCCACAGCUACCUAGGGGUGCUCUGCAACAUCAGCUAGCCAGAGCAUCGCACAGAAGGACACACUGAGUCAGAAUUGGACAGAAUAUCUUAACACAGUGUCAGGGGUUAUUCCUGAGGCAGAGGAACACAGGCCAUGCUGCAGGUCAGUUCUGGUGAACUCUGGGAACCUGUCAAAUAUGUGCAUGCUGCAGGCACAGGAUGAGGAAUGGAAGAGCUCUGCUGAUUUCUGCUGCUUCUCCGUUCUUUGCUAGCCCACGACCUGGUCCAUGAGUUUCAUAGCAGCCCUAUAGCCCGGGCAUGCAUGCGAGAUGAUGAAUUAAGCACUUUGAGCUGUAAGUCUGAGAUGUGCUCUGUGUUGCAGUUAAUUAUAUACGUGGAAGCUACUGCACCAUGGACUUGUGUAAUUAACAGAUAGCUUGGCACUUCUUUGGGAAAAAGUAGGGAAAAAUUGCGCUUUGUGGGGAAGCACUGUAAUUGAACUGUUACGGAAGAAAAAAAGAUUUUAUUCUGAAUGAUAUUUCAUUAAGGUACUCAUGGGCAAUUAUGAGUUAAAAGCUGAGGUAUGUUAGCUUUAAUAAAGUAUUUAUAAUCCAAGGAUUACUAUGUUUACAUAACCAAUGUACUGUCAGGCUCUGGGGUGACACCUUCUGCUUGGGUAUAUGACUGUGAAGUGGGGGGGCAGUGCCACUCUCAGGCACAAAUGACAUUUCUGGAGAUGAGGCCAUUUCCAGAUGGAUAAUAAAUUGACCCAGCCCUCUCCAGAAGUCCUUGAACAGAAUACGGUCCAAGUAUUGUGAAUACUAUGGGAAGCAAAUGCAUGAAAAUAUUUUCUUGCUUAGAACAAGAAAAAUAAAAUAAUUUAUACACACACACAAUUAUAUGUAUAUAAAAUGUGCAUGUAGAAGACCAGUAGUCAAAGCCUUAAUUGUCAUGUGAACAAUACCGAUCCAUUGACUAUAGCUUUACUGCAGACUGCAUAAAAACCAUGUUAUUUCUGUUUGUUUUUCUAGCUCUAUUUUGUUUCUGUUUUCAGUUUUUGUGGCCUUUUUAUAGGCAAGGCGUUUUGUCUCAAGCUGUUUGUCCAUACAGUUCUGGGAAAGUGAGGUCUGUUAGCUGGGGUCUCUUCCUUGCCCCCAUUCAAGCAAAAGUGCAGUGACUCAGGUCUAGAAAUAAAAGCCUGACGCCAGUCCCUGUGAAGCAGAAGGAAAGUUUCAAGUGGCAAGCAGCAGUUCAGAUUUCCUGGCUCUCUAAUGGAUGUAAUGACUGGAGAGAAGUUACUGUAGAAGCUUCCUGUGUACUUUAACAUAUGUGUUCUCUGUUCCGAUAUUUUCUCAACUUUCUCAGACUGUAUUCAAUGCUCUGGUUCAUUGCAGAUGCUUGCAAUAUGGUUUGAUGGAUCUACUGCACUUGUUACCAUUCAAGCAGGUGUCUCUUGUGACAGUGUGCUCACAACUGUUGUACUGUACGUUUCAACCAAUGAUCUGUGUAGAACAUUUCUGCUGUACUGACUGGGCUUAACAGUCAAUAAUCCUAAAUGUGUGAAAGUUUCUUAAGAAAAAAAAAAAAAAAAAAAGAGAGACCUUCUAAGGUGUAUAUACAUAUUCUGGUCUUUGUGUGGUUUUACAUUUCACUAACUAAAAUAAUUUUUAGAGGGGAAGGAGAGGGAGGGUGUGGGGGCAAUCAAAAUGUACGUGUGCAGAAUGAGUCUCUGCGUUCAUUAAAGACUGGAUUCAGUUGCAUGUUCUGUUGUAUGCAUGCAUUUACCACGUCAUCAAGGGGAAGAAAUUUCUUAAUACA